GAUAACGAAUUGUGGCGCUAACCUUGGGUGUUUCCUUGUUGAGGCAAAGGUAAGAGAGAGAGUAAUGGCCUGCAACAAUGGCUCUUUUACUUGUUCGUCUUGGCUCGUAGCUUCGUCUUUAUCUUCAUCGAAGCGCAAUCCCUUCUUCUUUGUCCCAACCUGCUUCAAAUUCAAUGGUCCCACUGCUUCCCAAAUUCAAUGGCGUUCAAAUUCUCCCGAAAUUAAACGUCAUUGGGUUGAAGCUGCUGAUCUACCGUUCGCAUCUCCAGAAAGAUUCACUGUGGCGUCGUAUAACAUUCUCGCGGAUAGAAAUGCUUCUCAACACUCUGAUUUAUAUGUAAACGUUCCUUCUCGUUAUAUUAACUGGGAUCGUCGUAGGAGGAUUAUUUGUGAUGAACUCUUUGGAUGGAACCCUGAUAUUAUCUGUUUACAAGAGGUGGACAAGUAUUUUGAACUCUCAAACAUAUUGGUUAAAGCAGGAUACAGAGGAUCUUAUAAGAGACGCACUGGAGAUUCAGUCGACGGUUGUGCAAUGUUUUGGAAAGCUGAUAAGUUCCGGUUAUUGGAAGGAGAGAGCAUUCAAUUUAAGGACAUUGGCCUUCGUGAUAAUGUUGCUCAACUUUUUGUUUUUGAGAUGUGUGAAUCUGACUCCAGAAGACUGUUAGUUGGUAACAUCCACGUACUUUAUAACCCAAACAGGGGAGAAGUUAAAUUAGGUCAAAUUCGUUUUCUCUUGUCAAGAGCACAGAUCCUCUCAGAGAAAUGGGGUAAUACCCCUGUUGUGCUAGCUGGUGAUUUUAAUAGUACUCCUGAGAGUGGAAUAUACAAGUUCUUGUCAUCGUCGGAGCUUAAUAUCAUGUUAUAUGACAGAAAGGAAUUAUCUGGACAAAAAAGCUGUCGUCCGGCUCAAGUUUUAGGCGAGAAAAAAGAAACAGUUGGUCCAUUUAUCUCUCUGGAUGGAUUGUUUAAGUGCUGGACAGAUGAAGAGGUAAAAAUUGCAACCGGUGAUUCAGAACGUCAUUUUGCUGUGCAUCCAUUAAAGCUGAAUAGUUCGUAUGCCACAGUUAAUGGUUCAACUAGUACGCGGGGAUUCAAUGGUGAACCCUUGGCAACUUCCUAUCACUCAAAGUUUCUUGGUACUGUAGAUUACUUAUGGUACUCAGACGGUAUUGUACCUACAAGAGUUCUUGAUACCGUUCCAAUUAGCGAUCUCCUGAGGGCAGGUGGCCUUCCAUGCAAGAAAGUGGGAAGCGACCAUUUGGCCUUGGUUUCUGAGUUUUCCUUCUCAGUUACGAACAAUAAAUCUAUAGAAAUAGUUGAAGCAGCAGCAUCACCUGGAAUAGAUAUUGAAGAGCAUGACAGUCUGCAGUCAUAAGAGAAGAAAAUAGCUCAGCAUUUGUGUUUGGAAACAAAUUUUGCUUUUCACGUUUGCUUAUACUGGUUUUGAUGAUUUACUUAGCUAAAAUUAGUUGAAAUUUUUUAUUUUUUUAUUGGGUUGUAAUUUCGAUAAAGGUUGAAGUUCAAGUGCUGGUAAGAAUUUCUCAAUGUACCUGUACCACAAGAAAUUAUAAAUUAGAAGUGCAAGGAAAAAUCCUAAUAGAAAUUUAUUGUC